GCGCUUCAGGCAGUUGAUGCGGGCAGCCCCAGCGUGUCAUUUCUCCACUCACUUUAUUAGCGGACCGGCUAUCCAGCAACAGGAGAACGGCAGCUCCCAAAUGGCGCAUUUAAAACACAAAUAAACCGAAUCACUUACCCCCUCACCCGGUUAAUUUUGAGUGGCCUGUGAGUUUGUGGCCAUGGGUGACACAGAGCUGGAGCUCUCCCCCGCCCGGCUCGAAGAGCUGCAGAAGAGCCCGUCGGCCUCUUCUACCUCCACCACCUCCUCUCUGUCCCUGCCCUCUUCUCCUUCCUCUGGCCCUCAUCCACUAACCAGCUCCAGUCCGAGCACCAGCGAAGGCCUGUCCACCUCUAGUCCCCCUCUGGAUGUCAUAACUGAGGGAGUGGGUGAACUCAGCCUGGUGAUCGAUACCGAGGUGGCUAAGAAAGCCUGCCAGGAGGUUCUUCAAAAGGUGAAAUUUUUGAAAGUCGACGGAGAGGUGUCUCCAGCAAAUCCAGAGCCCGGUUUGGUAAACGGUACUGCGCACCAUGAUUCCACUGAUGCAGGAAGUGGUGGAGGAAAGCCUCAAAAGAUCAGCAAGGAGGAGGCGGAGCCAGUGAAGAGCGCGCGACGUCGUCAGAAGAACAAUUCCUCUAAGCAGUCCUGGCUUCUUCGGCUCUUCGAGUCAAAGCUGUUUGAUAUAUCCAUGGCUAUCUCUUAUCUUUACAACUCCAAGGAGCCCGGUGUCCAAGCCUAUAUCGGAAAUCGACUUUUCAGUUUCCGUAACGACGAGGUGGACUUCUACUUGCCCCAGUUGCUUAAUAUGUACAUUCACAUGGACGAGGACGUCGGCGAUGCCAUCAAACCCUACGUGGUUCACCGCUGUCGGCAAAGCAUCAACUUCUCCCUGCAGUGUGCCUGGCUGUUGGGGGCCUACUCUUCUGACAUGCACAUCUCCACGCAGCGGCACUCUCGUGGCACGAAGCUGCGCAAACUCAUCCUGUCAGACGAGCUCAAGCCCGCCAGCCAGCGCAUUCGCAGGGAAGUGCCGCAGCCUUCCCUCUCCUGCCCCCCUCCCCUUCAUCACGGUCAGGGCAUGAGCGAACACACCCUCUCCCCAUCCAAACGCACGCACCAGCGCUCGAAAUCUGACGCCACUGUUAGUAUUAGCCUCAGCAGCAAUCUGAAGAGAACCGCAAGCAACCCCAAAGUAGAGACCAGUCAAGAUGAGGAUUUGAGCUCCAGCUCCGACAGUCUCGAGCAAGAGGCUGGUACACCUGUGCGUCUGACACCCCAGAGGGAAUUUAUUAAGUCUCUGAUGGGCAUCGGCAAAAGACUGGCCACUCUGCCAACUAAAGAACAGAAGACCCAGAGGCUGAUCUCCGAGCUUUCCCUCCUCAACCACAAGCUGCCUGCCCGAGUCUGGCUACCCACAGCUGCUUUUGACCACCACGUGGUGCGCGUGCCUCAUACGCAGGCCGUCGUGCUCAACUCUAAGGAUAAGGCACCUUAUUUAAUCUAUGUAGAAGUUCUGGAAUGUGAGAACUUUGAGACGUCGAGCGUGCCGGUCAGGAUUCCCGAAACACGGAUCCGCAGCACACGCUCCGUAGAGAAUCUCCCGGAAUGUGGCAUUACGCCUGACCAGCGUGCCAGCAGCUUCUCUACGGUUCCCAAUUAUGACAACGAUGAUGAGGCGUGGUCUGUAGAUGACAUAGGAGAGCUGCAGGUGGAGCUUCCGGAGAUCCACACCAACAGUUGCGACAACAUCUCCCAGUUCUCGGUGGAUAGCAUCACAAGCCAGGAGAGCAAAGAACCUAUUUUUAUAGCAGCUGGAGACAUCAGGCGACGCCUGUCUGAGCAGCUUGCCCACACGCCCACCACAUUCAAGAGGGACCCAGAAGAUCCCUCAGCUGUCGCUCUAAAGGAACCAUGGGAGGAGAAAGUGAGACGAAUCAGAGAGGGCUCCCCCUAUGGGCACCUGCCCUACUGGCGACUUCUUUCUGUUAUUGUGAAAUGUGGAGAUGAUCUGAGACAGGAGCUGCUUGCCUACCAAGUGCUGAAACAACUGCAGAUUGUCUGGGAACAAGAGCGGGUUCCCCUGUGGAUCAAGCCCUACAAGAUCCUGGUCAUCUCUUCAGACAGUGGCAUGAUUGAGCCGGUGGUCAAUGCUGUGUCCAUUCACCAGGUGAAGAAACAGAGCCAGCUGUCAUUGCUCGACUACUUCCGACAGGAGCACGGCAACUACACUACAGAGGCCUUUCUUACCGCUCAACGCAACUUUGUCCAGAGCUGUGCCGGCUACUGCCUCAUCUGCUACCUGCUGCAGGUUAAGGACAGGCACAAUGGAAAUAUCUUGCUGGAUUCAGAGGGCCACAUCAUUCACAUUGACUUUGGUUUCAUCCUCUCCAGCUCUCCACGAAACUUAGGUUUCGAGACAUCUGCCUUCAAACUCACCAGUGAAUUUGUUGAUGUGAUGGGAGGUCUGGAUGGAGACAUGUUCAACUAUUACAAGAUGCUGAUGCUCCAGGGCCUCAUCGCCGCACGCAAGCACAUGGAGAAAGUCAUCCAGAUCGUAGAAAUCAUGCAGCAAGGUUCGCAGCUUCCAUGCUUUCAUGGCUCCAGCACCAUACGUUACCUGAAGGAGCGAUUUCACAUGAACCUGACGGAGGAGCAGCUGCAAGUGUUGGUAGAGCAGAUGGUGGACGGCUCCAUGCGUUCCAUCACUACCAAGCUGUACGACGGCUUUCAGUAUCUCACCAACGGCAUCAUGUGAGCAGACGGGCGUCUGGACAAGAGCACUAGAACUGGAAAAAGGCUGCACCGUUUUGAAAAAACCACUCUCCCUGCCCGAAUCCCAUACCUAGCCCUGCUUGACUGAUUGUCCUUUGUUAUGGACUUCGCUUUUUUAUCUUAAAGAGGUCUUGAGCUGUGAAGUAACUGUCCUCUUUUCUCAACAGGCUUUCUAUUUGCUUAAACUCUCCUUGUCUUACGCUGUUCUGGAUGCCCUUAUAGAGUUUUUUACCUUGCUUUUCAGUGCCUCAUUUAAACACUAGGCUAACUCGCACCUGUGUACAGACUUUAACAUCCCAUAUUAUCAUCUGCAGUUUCUGUUUUUGGUCUACCACUAAUGUUUUCUUUACCUUGGGUGAUUUCAAUCACUGAAUAACAUUCAACACAUCUGCAAUCUAGUCUCUGCUGAGGUGGCAAACGGGAGAUGCUGUAUCUAAGCCUGUAAAUUGCAUUGUGAAAUAAGAGAAUUGAGUGGUAAACAUUGCUGCUUUGUCCAGCUUUGUGAAGUCAGUGUUACAUUAAAUGUUUUCGAAGAGAACUUCAGCUCUCUCUUUUAGUCGGCACCGCACAAUGAAGAAAACCAUUACGCCGUGAGACUUUGCUUAAAGAGCCCUUGUGCAGUAAUGGGGUUAAUAAAGCUUUUGGAUGUUUUAAACUUCAAAACACCAAAGACACAGACCAGUGACUUCAACAUUUAGAUAAGAAUAUAUAAGUACACUUAGAUUAUAUAAAAUAAUCACGACUUUAAAACAUCCUGGUCUGUUUUUCGAGAGUUAAAUAAGUGUAGUGUUUCCAAAGGUCCAGUGGUUGCUAUUUGAAAUGUUGCAGACUGAAACAUAAAAAUACGGAGCCCCUAAGGGGACAUGGAGCAAAAAAUAAAUAACGUUUAGUUUUGCAUGCGCAUGUGAAACUAUCGCGUGCUCACUUGAAACUUCACGUACGUAAAAACUAUCGCGUGUGCAUAUAAACCUACCGCAUUUAGUUUUGCGUGCUCAUGUGAAACUUAACGUGCACGUGCGAUGGUUUCCCUUACGCAGACGAUAGUUUCACGUGCGCACGCAAAACUAAACUUUAAAAAAAAUUCUGCGCAUGAAACUAAACUUUAGAUUUUUUUACUGCAAUGUCACCUUUGGGGCUCGGUAUUAAAAGGCAAACUAACAGGCAAAAACACUAUUUAUUACCCCUUUACAAACAGUUCAUGUAGUUUUCUGAAAUACACUUUUCUUGUUUGUGGAUUUAAUUUUGUUGUUAUGUUUGACACAAGUUAUCUUAGUUGUGCUAAUUUGUACAGCCUGAAUUUAUCAUUUUUAUUUCUUCUGUCUGACCUCCAAGUUACCUGAGGUGGGUCAACCUUGUUUAAAUUGUGAGCCACUGGAGUUUUGUUUUUUUUAUGGGAGAGGAGUUGUUCAGAAGCUGUUGCACAGAUUAGAUUGACAAAUGAAUGCUGCUCAGAUUUUAGAAAGAGAAAUGGAAAGGGCUAUGAAUAAAUGGGGGUAAUCAACCCAUUAAAUCUUUGUUUUAAUUUCUUUACAUGUACAGGUGUACGAUUCUUUGCUUAGUUUUGUUUUUAUCAUUUCAUUUUAUUUUCAUAGUAAUUGGGGUGAGCGUUAAGCCUCUCUUAUGUUUUUGUGACACCUGUUCUAUUUAUCCGUUUCUUAACUAUUUUAAUUCGUCUUCUCAGUGAAAGCCACAAAUUCCUUCUGUGUAAAGACAGCUUAGAUGUGUACGUUUUCAGCUGCUUCUCUUUACUAUUUUAUACUUCUGUUGUUUCAAUGUCAAACUCUUUCUUUCCUUUGAAACUUGUAAAAUGGACCAGCUCUUAAGAUCAUGUGAAUAACCUUCCUUUGUGAAUGUUUCUUUGUAUAAUAAAUUAAAUGUACCUAUUCCACA